AAGCGCCUUGACCGGCCUCCCUCUCGUUCAAGUUUGUCCCUCAGCGCAAUCCGUCGGUCGUCCAGAGGAAGAAAAAAAAACAAAAGCGACGCUUGCAGCUGAUGUACCGCUGGCUCAAAAAUGGAGAGCGACACCACUGUCAGGAGAAUAAAACCCUUCGGGACGCAACAUUUUGUAGCACAAGAUAACAACGGUUCUCAAGACCGGUGCGGGAAUAACGGCUACAGCGGUGACCCGAAGAGGAAGCCCGAAGUGAGCCUGUACCUGCUGCGGGAAGGGCUGGCAGCUUCCCUGGUGUCAGUGUUUAUUUUGGUGCUGUGGGGACUGGUUCACUUGUCGUUACAGCAGCUCGUCAUUGGAAAGCCGACCGGCGAGUUCAACGCGGUGAGGGCCAGACGGCACUUGGAGCAGAUCACCAGCGUCGGUCCGCGGCCAGUGGGCAGUCAGGAGAAUGAAGUCCUGACAGUGGGCUACUUGUUGGAGCAGAUUGAGAACAUCCGGGUCGAGACCGCAGCAGGCCCCCAUCAACUCACAGUGGACGUGCAGCGUCCCACCGGCUCUUUCUCCAUCGACUUUCUUGGAGGCUUCACCAGCUUCUAUGACCGUGUCACCAACAUCGCCGUCAGGCUGGAGCCCAAAGGUGGCGCGAAGCAUCUCAUGCUCGCCAACUGCCACUUUGACACAGUGGCCAACAGUCCAGGUGCCAGUGACGAUGCAGUGAGCUGUGCAGUCAUGCUGGAGGUUCUCCAUUCUCUGGCCAACCAGUCCACUCCUCUUCACCAUGGAGUUAUCUUCCUCUUUAAUGGGGCAGAAGAAAAUAUCCUGCAGGCCAGUCAUGGUUUUAUUACCCAGCAUCCAUGGGCCAAGCAGGUGCGAGCCUUCAUUAACUUGGAGGCUGCAGGUGUUGGGGGAAAGGAGGUUGUUUUCCAGACAGGUCCAGAGAACCCGUGGCUGGUCCAGGCCUAUGUCCGCGCAGCCAAACACCCUUUCGCUUCUGUGGUUGGCCAGGAGGUCUUUCAGAGUGGUAUCAUCCCCUCUGACACUGACUUCCGCAUCUACAGGGACUUUGGUAACAUCCCAGGCAUUGAUCUGGCUUUCAUUGAAAACGGUUUCAUCUACCACACCAAGUACGACACUGCUGACAGGAUCCUGACGGACUCAAUACAGAGAGCUGGCGACAACAUCCUGGCGGUCCUGAAGUACCUGGUAAUGUCAGAGAAGUUGGCUGAUUCCUCAGAGUAUCGUCAUGGAAACAUGGUAUUUUUUGACCUGUUAGGGGUGGUUGUGGUGGCGUACCCUGCUCGUGUUGGCACCAUCCUUAACUACAUGGUAGCCACAGCAACCUUCCUCUAUCUGGCCAGGAAAGCGUCACUGCCAGGGAAUGGGGGUGGUCGCUAUGUUCGAGAUCUGGCCUGUGCCACAGGUGUAGCAGUGCUGAGCUGGUUCGUCACCCUGCUGUCGGUGCUUAUUGUAGCUCUGCUCGUAACUUUACUGGGCCGCUCCAUGUUUUGGUACAACCAUUUUUACGCCUCCAUCUGCCUGUACGGGGCUGCAGCCACAGGCAAGAUGAUCCUCAUCCACACCCUCGCCAAGAACCUUUACUACGGGGGUGUCAGACUGGUGGAGCUGGGUGAUCUCUACUUUGAUGUGAGCUUGCUUCUGUGGUGCUGCAGCCUGGUGUGGCUGACCCAGCAGGGCCUGUGUUCAGCCUACGUGCCCAUGCUAAUGGUGGCCUUCCCCCUGGCCACCAGACUGCUGCUAGCUACGGAAUUUAAACACAGAGGAGCAUCAGUGAAGUACAGUGUGCUCUACCUGUUGGGCCUGGCGUUGCCAUAUGUCCACUUCAUGUUCCUCAUCUGGGUAGUGUUUGAGAUCUUCACCCCCAUCAUGGGUCGCAGUGGAACCGAGAUACCCCCUGAGGUGGUGCUGGCCUCCCUGGUCACCCUCGCAACCAUUUUCCUCUCCUCUUUUUUUCUACAUUUCAUCUACUUGGUUCGGAGCACGAAGUGGAUCCUGGCUGGUCUCGGCUCAGUCUUCAUCGUCAUGUUCCUGUUGGUGUCCUGCGGCCUCUUCUUUCCUUAUUCAGGCAGUCCAGACAGCCCUCGGCCUAAAAGAGUCUUCCUGCAGCAUACAACAAGGACCUUCCACAAUCUCCAGGGCCAGGUGGAGAGCCGGGACUCGGGCCUCUGGAUAAACAGUUUUGACUACACGGGCAUACAGCACAUCACACCCAACAUCCCUGAGAUCAACGAUACUGUUCGCACCCACUGCCGGGAGGACCAGCCCUUCUGUGGCUACCCCUGGUUCCUGCCGGUGAAGUUCCUCAGCAAGAAGAACUGGUACCUUCCUGCCCCAGAAGUGUCUCCCAGCUCUCCAGUAGAGUUCAGCCUUCUGUCCAAAGAGGAGACCAGCUGGGGGACGGUCAAGAUGACCUUCAGUGUGAAAGGCCCCAGCCACAUGUCUCUGUAUCUGAUGCCUCACCGAGGAGCCAGCCUCUCCACCUGGUCCUUCGGUGACGGGACGCCUCAGUUUGACCUGAGCGGAGAAUAUUUUGUCUUCUAUUCCCACGGUGUGGACGCCCCCACAUGGACCUUCUGGUUUGAAAUACAGCCUCCCAGGGAUCCGGACCCAUCAGGCCCUGAGGGGAUGAUCUCCGUCGCUAUCUCCUCCCACUAUUUCUUCGGGGAAGACCAGAGGACUGUUCAGCUGGAGGAAAUCCUUUACAGAUUUCCCACUUGGGCUUUUCCUUCGUCUUGGGUCAGUACCUAUGACAUGUACCGAUACUGAGGACUGCAAACAUCACAAAGGCUGAUGCUGAGGAGAGCUGAGGGCUACAGGGGCCCCCCGAGACAGGCAGAGAAAAAGCGAUAUCAAGGAACAAUACUGAGGACCGGCCCUGCCGCCUUUUCACACUGGCACAAACACACACUCUAACACACACACACACACACUCACUCUCCCUGCCUGAGAGACCCCCAUCACUGUGUCAGUAGGCUUAGUAGCUAACCGAGCAGGAAGACGGGCUGGGGCAUGCCUGAGGUAAGCUGACCAGAGAGCUUACAGACUCAAUAACUCGCCGACCGACGCACUGGCCACCGCAAGCCUUGUGCUCACUCCUGGGUUAGUGAAACAAAGGGGUUAAGAUUUUCUUUUUGUACUCAAUCUGUCGUGCCUUUGCUUUACUCACUCCAUCUCACUCCCCUCCUCACCUUCCAUCUCGCUCACUUCCUCCCCACUUCCUCCUCUCUCAUGCUAACACUCUUCCUGAAUGAAUAAUGGUGCAUGGCUACCUCCCCUGCUCUCUCUUUAUCAGCAAACCACUCGGGCCAUCCUCAGACUGUAUGUGUCUCUGGAUUCCUCUGCAAAAACAACACCACUACCACUGUCUGCACUGUAGGUGUAGUAACAUACUGAUGGAUCUAUUUGGGAAGGGAAAAAUAAAGACCUUUUUUUGUUUGACCCCUCUUCUGACUUUAACUGGAAACUUUGACACUUUGAAAGUCACUUUUCAUCAACACGCACUUGUUUUAUUAUGCGCAAAUAGUUUUUUGAAUCAGCUAGGUAAACUGUGAAAUUGCUCAUUACUCAUCACUAACGACCAAUAAGUUGCAGCAAGUCGUACCUAUGUGUUUCAAUGGGGCAUGCCAACGAUCUGCUUUAAUUGUCAGAGAACUCGGCAUGUAGAUUCAGAACACUGUGUCUGUUGAAUGGAAACAGCUGGCUCAACUCAAAAUGUCAAGGUCUUUUAUGAGGUCUUAAAGCAUUCGGCCUGAUGUGUUCAGGCAAACGUGUAGUUUUGAUCUUGGGCUUGAUGAGACCAGAAGUCGCAAGGAAACACGGGACUUGUGGCCGUGUAAAUGCCCUGUGACUUCAAAUUGUGACUUCGAACUUGAGGGUGACGAGGUGGGAAACCAGCAAUGCAACUCCACACUCAUUAACUGCAUCAGUGUCAGUAAGUUCUGUCUCACAUGGCAGAGAUGAUUAUUUACAUUUGCCGUCACUGUAAUAGUAACGGCAUAUGUAUUUGUUCUCAGAAUUGACUUCUGCUCUGUGCUACAAGUUGUCUCCAGCAGCACCAAUGAAAAUCGCAUAUCAGUUGAAUAUCAGUCAUACAAAAAAAAAAUUAAUUUGCUGCUAUUUUGAUAAUUGAUGAAUCGUUUAAGUCAUUUUUGAUGGUUCCAAGAUGGGUGUAGCUUCUCAAACCAGAGGAUUUUAUGCUUUUCUUUGUUAUAUAUGAUAACAAAAGAAAUAUAUUUGGGGUUUGGGCUGUUGGUCAGACAUAACAAGACAUCUGCAAACAGCAACUUUUGCAACUUUUUUUUUACUCCUUUUUUACAUUUCAUAUACUAAACAAUUAAUCGAUCCAACAAAUAAUCCUUAAAUUGCCGCCCCAAAAUCACAUCUUAACUAAACCGGAAUUUGCCUGUUAUACAGUUGAAUCGAAUUAAAAACCAUGUGUGUGCACAAACUUACCAAUGUAGCAAUAUAGAUUUUAUUUUUAUCCAGUUACAAAAAAAAAGGGGUAACGCUUCAUUUUAUGGGUCUGUAUAUUUUCAAAUAAUUUUCAAUAUCGGUUUUACAGUUUCCUGGAAAGAACUCUGCAGUUUUGGUACAAAUAUAGCAAAUAGUGACCGUGUUCACUUGGUAAAUGAUUAUCAGCUGCACAUGAAAAAAAUCUAAAAUGUGAAAAACACAUGGAAAAUACAGUUUGUAGUCAUAAAUGAACAAGAAUGAAUAUUUACUUUGGUUUA